CUAAGAACCCACCAAACCCAGGACUCUGGUGGGAUCACCCCACUCAGCCUGUGCCAUCUGAUGUUGGCUGAGCACCUGUCUCUACAUGCCAGCUCAGGUCAGGGGCACAAGCCUUAAACCCUGGGGAGAGGGCCCUGGCCCCAGGCUGCACUCUGGCAUUCUUGUGGCCAAGCCCCAGCUGGGCUGAGGAGUCUGGGGGAUUAAGGAGACGUGUCCAUCCUGAGGUCACUUCCCCUAUAAAUCAGGCCUCAGGUACUAAGAUUCAGAACUCCCUGCCUAGACAGUCACCCGCCCACUUCCAGAGCCUAAGCAGGCCUCCUCUUUGGGCCCAUUCUCCAGGGGGUGGGCGACACCACCAGUGCAGACAACCCUAGGUCUGAGGGGGCAAAGAGGUGAUUGUUGGUCAGGGUGUGGAUGGGCCUUGGACACGAAGGCUGGGGUGUCCCCAUGCAUGUUUGGAAGGACCCUCAUGGUGUGAGGACAGAAGAAGGGCAGGCUGAGAGAGGGCCAAUCCACGCCGCCAUGAGGAAAUUAGUUGUUCAAGUCUCCAUGGAAUUCGAAAUGAUUGCUCAGAGAGGUUGAGCAACUUACCUGAGGCCACCCAGCUGUGAGGACGGAGCAGGUCUUCUCACUGGGGUCCCAGCUCUCCUCCCUUCCCCUUACUCUCCCCAGCCUAACUGACAGAAGGGUCCAAGGAAGACACACACACUCUGCCCUGUCUCAGCAGGGCCUGGGGGGGCCAUGUCCCUCCUCCCGUGGCUCCGGUGGAUCGAGGCCCCACCACGGCUGUCAUCCCGGAGCCCAGCUGAGAUGGUGCUGGAGACGCUCAUGAUGGAGCUGGCAGGGCAGAUGCGAGAGGCGGAGAGGCAGCAGAGGGAGCGCAGCAGUGCGGUCAGGAAGAUCUGCACGGGAGUGGACUACAGCUGGCUGGCCCGCACAUCCCCGCCCACCUACGACCUCAGCCCUGGUGAGCGGCUGCAGCUAGAGGACGUCUGUGCCAAGAUCCAUCCAUCCUACUGUGGGCCCGCCAUCCUCAGGUUCCGGCAGCUGAUGGCAGAGCAGGAGCCCGAGGUGCAGGAGGUGUCCCGGCUGUUCCGCUCGGUGCUGCAGGAAGUCCUGGAGACGAUGAAGCAGGAGGAGGAGGCCCACAAGCUGACGCGGCAGUGGAGCCGGAGGCCCCGCGGCAGCCUGGCGCUAGCCGCCUUCAAGGCCCGCGCGCGCAUAUCCCCCUUCGCCAGCGACAUCCGGACCAUCUCUGAGGACGUGGAGCGGGACACGCCGCCGCCGCCGCCGCCGCCCCGGACCUGGAGCGUGCCCGAGUUCCGGGCGCUCCAAGAGGACUGACCCACCCACCCCUGAGUCACCUACGGGAGGGCAUGAGAAGCCUGUGACUGUCCAGGGUCCUGGAACCUCCAGACGCCCCCUGACGAGGGAGGCCGAAGCAGCCACAUCCCAAGACACUCCCGUAAGACGGAAGGACCCCUCCCCGCCCACCCUCUCCCGCUGGCUGCAAGGCCCAGAGUUGGGGCUUGGGGCUGCAGGCGUGCCAGGGAGCAGGAGCAGCCCCUUCCUACUCGCAGAGAUUCGGGGUCUCGGCAGACAGACCACAGCCCCAUCCCCCGCCUUCUGCUUCUAUCUGGAGGGGGAAGCAUUGCCCUGCCUUUUUGCCAAGAUCUGAGUUGUCACCCCCACUUCAGUGCCGGCCGUUUACCCCAUCUCCCAGGGUAAAGAUGAGGGACUUGUUGGGUGGUGUCCAUUCUCUGCUGGUGACUGGGCUGGUUUCACCACCGCAGGUGGGUCGCAGCCUCGUGGGCGAGCAGAGCUGGAAAGGGCCACAGGGACCACUCGGUCCCACUUUCCUGACUAGUGAAUGAGGAAACUGAGGCUCAGAGAGAGCCAGGCCUCUUCCACCUUAAGCUGCAGCCAGGUCCCCAUGCACAACGAGAGUGUUGCUGUAUACACGGUCUCUGCCCCUGAGUCCUCGAGUCCUGGGCUGUGACGGGACAGGUCCAAGGGCUAUGCUUGCACCGGCCCGUGUUCUGACCCAUCUCUUACGUUGGCAUUGGCUUGGGGGUCUAAGCUUCUCUCCUAGAAAGGUCGCCGGGGGCGGAGGUAGGUUGCUGUCACCCCACCCCACAGCGUCAUCACCUGGGAGGCGGCCAGCAGCUGCUUCCAGAGAUUAAGCUUCGAGGCCUUCUGACUCACUGCUCUGGGAAGCCCAGGUCUCUGAUUCCAGGAUCCCUUCUGAAUCUGGUCACGCCUGCUCUCUGGGUUUUCCCAUGGAAAGUGACGCCCAAACCCCUAACUGAUGUUGAGGCACCUGAAUAAAAUGUUCUAGAAGAACCUCCCUACAGGCUCACUGUCCUUCCAUUUCUUACACUGUCAGAUCUUGAUGAUGGGCAUGUAGGGUCUCCAAUGUGUGGAUUGCCUAUGGCAAAACUGGAAGGCCAGGUGGCCUGUAAACAAAAUGCCAGGAGGAGAUAAGUCAGCAGGGGAAAGUCCAUAUAUCCUCUGACAAGCUCAA